AUGUACGGAGGAGACGAAGUAUCGGCUAUUGUCUUAGACUUGGGCUCUCACACCUGCAAGGCUGGUUAUGCCGGCGAGGAUGCUCCCAAGGCCGUCUUCCCUUCCGUUGUUGGAGCCAUUGAUCAAAUGGAGGUUGAUGACAACACAAAUGGUGAGAAAAAUUCUUCCAUAGAUUCGAAGGCUGGUGUCAAAGAUUCUGAGAGAAAGGGAAAGCGCAAGCUAUAUGUAGGCUCUCAGUCCUUGGGAUUCCGAAGGGACAAUAUGGAGGUGUUGUCACCCAUUAAGGAUGGAGUGGUCAUGGACUGGGAUAUUGUGGAUAGCAUAUGGGACCAUGCCUUUAGGGAAUGUUUGCUAGUCGAUCCAAAGGAGCACCCUAUGCUGCUUGCAGAACCUUCAUCAAACAGUCAACAGCAGAGAGAAAGGACGGUGGAGCUUAUGUUUGAAAAGUAUAAUGUCCCUGCCCUCUUUUUGGCCAAGAAUGCUGUUUUGACGUCUUUUGCCUCCGGACGUGCUACUGCCUUGGUUGUUGAUAGUGGUGGUGGAUCAACUACAAUAGCUCCAGUCCAUGAUGGCUAUGUCAUUCAAAAGGCAGUUGCCUCAUGUCCUAUCGGUGGGGAAUUCCUUACUGACUGCUUGUUGAAAAGCUUAGAGAGCAAGGGUGUUGUGAUCAAACCCAGGUACUCUUUCAAGAGAAAGGAAACACGACCUGGUGAUUUCCAGGCAGUUGAUGUUGAUUUUCCAAAUACAACAGAAAGCUAUAGACUAUACUCCCAGAGAGUAAUUGCUAGUGAUAUCAAGGAAUGCGUAUGUAGAGCUCCAGAUACACCAUAUGAUGAAGCAUCCUAUUCAAACAUUCCAAUGACUCCAUAUGAGCUUCCUGAUGGCCAGACAAUUGAAAUUGGAGCGGACAGAUUCAAGAUUCCAGAUAUUUUAUUUAAUCCAUCUCUGGCUCAGACAAUUCCUGGUAUCGAAAGCUUUGCAGAGGUCGGUCCAAACGUCCGUGGUUUGCCUCAAAUGGUGAUAGAUAGUAUCAACAGGUGUGAUGUGGAUAUUCGGAAAGAGUUGUUUAGUAGCGUACUGCUUGCUGGAGGGACAGCAUCAAUGCAGCAGUUAAAGGAGCGUCUUGAGAAGGACUUGCUUGAGGAAUCUCCUCAAACUGCCAGAGUUAAAGUUCUAGCUAGUGGAAAUUCAACAGAAAGGAGAUUCAGUGUUUGGAUCGGAGGAAGCAUAUUGGCAUCUCUUGGCUCAUUCCAGCAGAUGUGGUUCUCCAAGUCAGAGUACGAAGAACACGGGGCGUCUUAUGUACAAAGGAAAUGCCCUUGA